AAACGAGAAGAGUAGAGAAAGAAAGUUACUACUACAUUGGUAGAAGCAAAGGAAAUUUUGUGAUUUACAGGUGCUACUGAGGAAAGGCUGCAAUGAACGGAGAACAAACCUCUUUAUCAGAGAAACAGACUGGCUUUGUGUUCAAGCCAUCGCUGCAGGACAUCUCACUCAAGAGAUUCCGUAUGCGUUACUCCCUACUGAGUGACUGUUACUACCUCCACUGGGACGACGGAGUGUGUGCCCCUCUGGCCAAGAUUGACGGCCUCUCUCAUGGAGCCAACGUCUUCACCGGAGUCAGCAGGCUGUGCGACGACACCACUGGACAGCUAUACGUUGGGAAGACAGAUAUAAUGGACAAGAGGUCGGAGGUUACAUGGAAAUUUGACUUCAGCGACUGUGGUCUGGUGGUUCGGCAGUUCAGGGUCAAAGGUCGUAGCUCCGAAGACGAUGAAAUUGAUUGGAGGGUCAUUGGUGACGAGAGGGUUGGCUGCAGACCAAUGCUAGCUGCUACUGAUGACUAUAUUGACAUUCCGGAGGUCAGUGGUUGCCGAGUGGUGACAGUUACAGCGGUGAUCUACGCGGCAACGAAGGGGCAGACCCUCCAUGUAUUGAAGGAGGCAGAGGAGGCAAUGCAUGGGGAGUGUCCUCUGGAUAUCAAAGUGGACUUGAUGUGUCCACGUUCGCAAGAGGAGGGAUAUGUGGGGGAGAUAUUGCUGGGCGUUAAAUGGAACCCGGUGGACGAAGACGUAGGAGGAGGGAGUGAGGGACAGCUCCAGGUGUACAUUGUGGAGGGAGCUGGGAUGGUGGACGAGGACACUCACAAACCUUUCAACGCCUUCAUCAGAUGUAACCUCCUCCCGGAGGGCAAGAGGGAGCACACGAGUCCCCGUCAGACGGCGUUCCCCAACUGGGCCAAACAGUUUCACUUCCACCACGUGGAUAGAGGGGACCUGGUGAAUGGGGGCCUGGAGGUCCUCCUCUGCGACAGCCACCUCCUCUAUAACUCCACCAUCGCCGGCAUCAGACUGUGUGUCCCACAGAAGAAUGAGAGGAAGACCUCAGACCUGAAGACCAGUCCGUACGGCUCUCCUCUCCUGAGGUCUCCCGCCAUCUCACGCAGCGCCUCUCCUUCUCCCUCCACUCACAGUGCCGACGCAUGGGAUGAGAGAAGUCCCCACUCACCCUUCUCACACCCUCUCCAGAACAGUCGUCACUCCUCCCCCUCCCCCACCUCCCUCCAUCUGCCACCCUCCCCAUCCCAGAAGGCACAGUCCGUCGACAGUCCCAACCCUCCGUCGUUUGAGAGGUUUCCCUUCCCUCCCUCGGCCCCUCCUGCCUUCCGGAGGUCGCUGACCCCUACUCCUACCACCAAUUCUCACGGACUAUCACCUCCCGUCUUGAGACGGAGCCACUCGCCCAUGUCCAUCGCCAAGUCAAUCUUUCGUCUCUCGGGGAGCCAUCUCCGCGACCCCUCGGCCUUCUCCCCCCUCUCGUCCCCCAUCCUCGGAGGACGGAAGAAGGUCAAAGGUCAUCGGGGUAGCGAGGACUCGGAGUAUGCAUACCCCUGGAUGAGUGGGGUGGGGAGGACGGAGCGGAGUCAGUGGCAGCAGAUGUUGGACCAGGAGGGGGAGUGGGUGUACUGUUGGCAGACUUUCAGACCCAACCUCAAGCCUGCAGCCCACUCAUGACACUGCUACACAUUUUAUGUAUAAUUAUAUCACCACCUCAUCACUAUAAUUAAUUUUAUAUUAUAUGAGAAGAGCUUGACUGCUGUUUUUUGUUCAAAUUAUGUUGCUGCUCUAGUUCCAUGCCAGAAAAGUGUGAUAACAAAAAACGGCCUAGGAACAAGGCUCAGCUAGGAAAGAACAAGCGGUCAUUACACAGAGGACACACCUGUCCCUACCUUCGUCUGAUUGUUUGCCUAACAAUAGAACAAAGAUAUAGGGAUAAUGCCAUGUAUUAUUAUAGCAUGAAAACUUAACAGCUCACGCUAUAUACAUAGAAAGAAAGAAAGAAAGAAAACAGGACUUCGGAAGGGUUACAAAACCAUAAGGGCUUACUUUGGACAUGUGCAAAAACAUGUGAGCUGAUGCACGAUGGCGGUGAAAUGACUAUAUAUAUACAACAGACGGUACGGACACAGGCAGUAUAGCUAAAAGUUAUCAAAAGGUAUCAAAAUAAUGUGUGAUAAUAUAAAAUAAACCAUAU